AAAAAUAGAAAGUAGAUGCUGACUGUCUACAAUUGAUAAAUUAUGUCACGCUUCAAGUACACAUGGAGGGCUGGUAGAAAACGAUCGUAAACGUAAGACAUUGACGAAAUUUUUAACUUUCAUGGAAGAAAAAUGCACCAAAAAGCAGACGGUGACAUGACAUGCAAGCGUGGCAUGUGCUUGAGAAAAAUCAGUCACGGGAUAAUAUGGAGUUUAGAAACAGCAUUUUAUCAUCUUGGACAUUUUGUUGGUAUGUAUCCUAUACUGACCAUUGUGCUCAGUUUUGUGGUCUGUGGGAUUGCUUCCCUUGGAAUGGCCAAUUUUACCGAGACAGACAUAACGGAGAAACUUUGGGUGCCCUCCUACUCCCGCAUACAGAAGGAAAAGAAAUGGGUGAUGGACAACUUUCCACCAGACACCAGAUAUGCUAAGAUAAUCGCUGUAGAGAACAACAUUCUCUCACCAAGAUCAUUAAAUGCUAUGUUAGAUUUAUAUGAAAAAGCAAUAUCAUAUUACAAAGAUGGAUACUCAUAUCAGCACAUGUGCUUAAGAGUUGGUUCCCACUGCAAAGUUAACAGCAUUUUGGAGAUUUGGUCGUACAACAAAACUGCUAUAUCACAUUUGACAUACAAUGAUGUUCUAAAUGAUAUAAAUAACAUCAAAUACAGUCCACUGUUUCAUAACCAGCUGGAUGUGACCACAGUCUUAGGGAAGAUUUUAUUUGACAGGGAAGGUAAAAUCAUCGCUGCUGGAGCCGCCUCCAUGUUGUUUCUUUUAGAGGAUAAAGAGGAGAUGAGAUCAGCAGCCUUGAGCUGGGAGAUGGAGGUGAUACAGUUAGUACAAAGAGGUCAUCAACAUCUACAGGAGAUUUAUGUGUAUGCCACUCGCAGUUUUGAUGACGAGGGAUACGGAGCUGUUAACGAGGACAUUAAUCUUCUCUCUGUUGGCAUCUGCAUUGUCCUCAUCUUUGUCAUCUUAACUCUUGGAAGAUUUAAUCUCGUAGAACACAAGCUUCUGCUUUCCCUAGCUGGACUGUUGAGUGUGGGGAUGUCUAUUGGUUUUGCUUAUGGUUUAGCCACAACAUUUGGUGUUAUUUAUGGCCCUGUACAUGCUCUUAUGCCUUUUCUGUUGCUAGGCAUUGGUGUGGAUGAUAUGUUUGUUAUUGUGGAAGCCUGGAAGAAUCUUACCCCAGGGGAAUGCCAGCUCCCCCUCCCCAAACAGAUUGCCAUGACGAUGAAACAUGCCGGUGUAUCAGUGACAGUGACCUCAAUUACAGAUAUUGUAGCCUUUGCAAUAGGGGCAUCAACUGUGAUACCAGGCCUGAGUGCCUUCUGUAUUGAUGCGGCUCUUGGGAUACUGGCUCUAUUUAUUCUCCAGUCUACAUUUUUUGUGGCCUGUUUGACUCUGGAUCAGAAACGCAUCAAGGCUAGGAGAGAUGCCAUAUUGUGUUGUGUAGCUUACAAAACCUUUGAACCCAAUAAAUGUAGUCAGAAAAAUUUUCUGGCUUUAGCAUUUAAAGAAUAUUUUGGACCAUUUCUGAUGAAGAUUCCAGUCAAGAUUAUAGUUGUGAUUGUGACCUUGUCUUUGCUGGGGGUCAAUAUCUAUGGCUUCUAUAACCUAAAGCAGGACUUUGACCUUGUUAUGUACAUUCCGUCGGACUCCUAUGCCCACAAAUUUGCCAAGGCCCAAGAAAAGUACUUCCCUGACAGAGGAGUGGAUGUCAAUAUUUACUGUGGUGACAUACAUUAUGGGUCUAGCCAGAAGAUCUUGAAUGACAUGUUAGCAAAAAUCCGCGCUGAUCCAGGAGUAGAGAAUGGAACAGUCAUUAGCUGGUUCCCUGCCUUUACGGCUUGGCUGAGACGUAGAAAUGAUUCAAGUCUGGCUAAAUACAAUCAUUAUCCAUAUGACGAGCAUGAAUUUGAUUCCUUGGCCCUGAAGUUUAUAGAACAGAUCCGAGUAGGGCAGGCCUUCAAACGAUUUAUCAAAUUUGACAAAACAAUUCACCCACCAGUACUUAAGGCUAUGUACUUCUCACUAAGACACACCAGUCAGCCAAAUUCACAGGCAGAAAUUGAAGAAAUGGAAAAUCUACGAAAAAUCACAGAUAACUCGGGUCUCCCUGAGGGGAUGUGCUUUCCGUAUUGUCCCGAGUAUCUGACUUAUGAGACAAAUAAGGUUUUACAGAGAGAGUUGUACCGUAAUCUGGCCUUGGCGGGGGCAUGUGUGUUCUUUGUGACUCUGGUUUUGAUUGCCAAUAUGUGGACCAGUAUGAUAGUGUUCUCUUGUGUCAUAUUUACUCUGGUUGAUGUGGCUGGGACCAUGUAUUACUGGGGUGUUACAAUAGAUACUGCUAGCAGUAUUCUGUUGACCCUGUGUGUGGGCCUGGCAGUGGAUUACUCCGCACAUAUAGGUCACACCUUUAUGACAGUGUCUGGCAGUAAAAAUGAACGUCCAGUGAUGGCCCUGACCGAGAUAGGACCUGCCGUGUUUAAUGGUGGAUUCAGUACAUUCCUGGCCUUUGUUCUCCUGGCUAACAGCAAUAGCUAUGGCUUCUCUUUGUUCUUUAAGGUAUUUUUCACUGUGGUUGUGUUUGGGCUGUUCCAUGGAUUGGUGUACCUCCCUGUGGUGUUGAGCUGGGUGGGUCCUAAGCCUUACAAUACCUCCUCAGUCCAUACCUCACCUAGGAAAGAAAAACCAGAGACGCAUUCCAAUGGCUGCUUAGAGAACACCACUAUACAGAACCAGGAAGCUGAUACAGGAGACAGCGAGUUUUCACCUUGUAUCAAAAUGGAGGAAGUCAAUCAAGCGUAACUCAGGGUAUUUCAAACUUCAGAAUUUCUUCAGGUCAGGGGUGUUUAUAUAGUAACCAAGAUGGCUGCCCAGCAGUGAUGGUUUAUAUCUGAUUACUGUCCCUGCCUUGUAUUACACCUUUUUAAGUACAUUUCCUGUUGUAUGUUAACUUAUCCGUACCUUUCUGAUUUAAUAUCAAAAAUUCAAAAUUUCAUGCUAAUUUUUUAAAAAGUUGUUUCUUGUGCAAAUGAAAGUGAAACAAACUCCCAUAUAACAAGAAAAUCUUGCUUUUUUGAGGUUGAAUGAUUUUUUUCUACACAAACUUCAGUCAAAAGUAACUGUCAUAACAAUUUUAUUUGAAUAUGUGAACAGGCAAUACAAAAAUAAUUCUCAAUACUGAACUCUGUUGACAGGCAAUGUAUAGAUUAGUAAUCCUAGAUUGAGUUAUUCAAUCAUUGUCACCAUUAAAGUGAUUAAAGUGCUACUCAGUGUAUUCAUUCUAAUACACGCCUAUCGUGGUUGGGUCCAAUUUUUUUUUCAUCAGUUCAGCUGUCAUGCUGUGUUUUGCCUUUUAUCAAUUUUUCUGAAAUGGGUCUUGCCAUAUGGUAAAUAUUUUGCACCACAACUGUGAAAAGUUGCCUGUGUCUGUAUUGUAUUAUUCAUUACGCUUUUCUCAGAAUUUGAUUUGAACAUAUUUUAUUGCAUUAAAUAUAUACAAUGGGAUUGGGCACAAGUUCUAAAAACUUAAUUCUCCCUCUCCCUAUAUGUAAUAUCACAAAAAAUUGAAAUAGACGUGUCCAACAGUGUGUACAGAAUAACAGUGUUAUCAGAAGUACAUAUGUGCAUGCUACCAGUCCUAGAUCCUCCAAAUCUGUAAGAUUUUAAGUAUUCUGUUCUCUAGUAUUUGCAAGAAAUGAACCAGACGUUAUGAAAGUUUUUAGAAUAAUUUAGUGUUGCUAUAAUUAUUACUUCAGAGAAAAGAUAAAUUACUUUUCCAAUAAUAUACCAGAGUAAAAAGUAAAGGACCAAUUUCAUUUGAAACAGAAUUUCUAUAUUUUUCUUCUUUCAUUGUGAAUAAGAGCAAUAAAAUUCCAAAAUGCAUCAAUUUGUGUGCAUUGAAAGGUCUGAGAUGCUUACAUGUAUGCACAAAGAUUAGCAUACAAAAAAUGCGUCAAAUUCAUACAAAAGUAUUAUGUUAAUACAAAGCAAUUUUUAAGGGUAAAGAAUAGAAUUUAAAAAAUGCAUGUAUGUCGUAUUUUCAGUAUAAAAGAACACUUGUGUUCAUUAUAUUUUAUUAGCGAUUAGCUUGAACAUCAUAAAACGGUACAAUAAUAGCUUCCUUGUCAUAGGGUGGAUUUAAAUUACAAUUAAUAUAAAAGCCGUCGCGCUCUGGUUAUGGAAUGCAUUGAAUGGUCAUUUCCUAGGGUUUUUUUCGGGUAUAUGUAUUCAAAGACAGCAAGAUUUGUUCCAUGAAUAAAUUUCAGUCUCAUCCAUUAGUAGGAUCUCCUUUAGAAGGCUAAAAACCCCAACAAAAUACCAUAUUUAUGUAUCUUUACUCAUAUAUAUAGAAUUGUUAUGUGUGAUAUUAAGUUAUUUAUGUUGUAUUUAAUCUUGACAGAAGAAAGGGACAACAUUUAAGGUGUUUGUUAAAUUUGCCAUUAUUGUUAUUGUUUAAUACUUAGGUAUUUUGUUAUACAAGAACCUGUAAUGAUUUUGUAAUGGCCCUGUGCAAUAUAUGACUGAGGACAAUGGUUCUGGGGAGUCAGAUCAGACGAUCCAUUUUAGUGAAGCUUUUUGUGCUUUUUAAUGAUUAAACAAUUAUCUUGUUAUACAAGAUUAAUAUUUUAACCCUGAAAUAAGGGUGAUAGCAAACAUACUACACCUGUAUUAAAUUUAAGUAUUAGAACUUUUUUCAUUGCAGCAUACUUUGCGAUUUCAAAUAGUUUUCAGUAGUAUUUAUUCAGUCUAAGUCUAAACUUAUUUCAGUUUAAAAACCUUUACGUUUGUUUCUGAUUUGCUUGUUUCCUAAAUAUAGUAAUAUUAGUAAAUAUGCACGUGGUCCCAGUUCCGAUGAUUUCAGGGGUCCGUGUUUGCUCUGCUCUCAGUUUCUUCAUAUAGCUGAGUUUCAGUGUUUUCCUUUAGAAUUAAUAAUAUAAGGACCAUUUUGACAUCAAAGGAAUAACCUCAAUUCUCAUUAAAAAAGGAAUAUUUUGUACAUUAUAUAGAAUCCCUUCAUAUUUAGAACUUGACCAUAACACACUAGUUUUUGAAUUUAAAUUUGGUUUACUGUUAUUUGUGUAUUCAACUUAGUUUUUUAUAGGAUUCAAAUCAUUAAACUUUCUCCACUUUCAUUCAUAACUGAAUUAGAAGGAAAAGCAUAUUAAAGGCAAAUCAUUAUUUAUCUUUCCAUAGUUGUGCAGAUAAUGUUCAAAUAUCUUAUUGAUAUAAAACAUUUCCGUUUUUUUUUAACCUUUAGUGAAUGCGAGUUCUUAAUAGGAUGGAUAUACUCAACGAUUUAUCUCUCUGCUCUUAUCUUGCCCAUAAGAAACCAAUACUAAAAUACAAAAAUAAAGUUUGACUGAGUGGGAAAUUUAUCACAUACAUUUUUCAGUAUGAACUACACAAAACGCAAAACUUUAUCUCACAAUUUCUUAUCAAGGUACCUUCAAAUGCAGGUAAUGCAUUACUGACAAUAAUUAUUGUUUGUUUUUAAUUAUAACAUGUUGGGUAAGUUUCCAUGUGAUACAACUGCUGUCUCUAGUCAGGUAAGAUGUCCCCUCCAAGUGAAUGAAGAUGAAUUUACAAUAGUGCCAAACGAAAGCAAUACAAAAAUCUUUAUUGUUGUUUCCCAGUUUUUAAGCAAAACGUAUCCUGUCCCAUCGGAUUUUUGAUAUAAGAGUAGAUUUAUCAUACUAUAGUAUUUAAAAUAAUCACGUUUUAAGUCAAUUACUAGCAUAUCUUUGAUUGCCGAUUAUUUUAUAAUGUGUCUUGUAUUAACUUUUGUAAGAAAAAUAUUUUGUGAUUUUUUUUCUUUAUUAACAUUUUGUGAUGUGUAGGCACGUACCUAUAUGGCUUUGAGAAAAUUAUGUAUAUGUAAAAAGAAACAACUUUUCACUAUACAGUAAAUUUUUUAUGAUGUAACAUACAUAAUCUAGCAAUGAAUUUAAAUAAAAUCACCUUUGAAUUCAUAAAUUAAUCUAAAUUCUUGUUACAAAUCACCCCGGGAAUCAUGAAACAAACAGACCAAGUCAAAAUAGCAAUUAUCUGUAAGAUGCGUUUGACGCAAAAUUAGCUUUUAGCAGCACAUGGGUGAUGAAAUCUUGAAUAUCAUUUUUGUAACUGUUUGAUUUCUACACCAUUUUAACACAGUAUACAGUCUGUGACAGGUUUCAUGAUCCCGGUCUCCAAUCAUUCAAAUCCUAGUGCUUGUCAGUGUAAUUUAAUGCAUCGUUUGCAAAUAAUCUGGUGAUAUUUAGUUCAUUUUACAAUAGUGUCAGUGUAUGUCCUUUUUAUUGUGAAUUCUGUUUAGAUAUUUUCUCUGUUGAGAAAUCAAGGUACACUUGUACUCUGUCAGGAAAUCCUACACUCAGUCCGGUGAAUCUGUAGUGUUAAUUAUAAACUAUUUAAUUUAUCAACAAUAAAUAUUGUCAUUUC